AGGAGCCUCCAGCUGCUACCUGCUGCAGCGAUGGAUCUGCUGGGGAGCGCGACAAUCUUCUUGGUGAUCUGCCUGGUCUUCCUCUUGGUUUGGGGGAUGAGACCUAAGGCGAAAAACUUGCCUCCUGGGCCAACACCCCUUCCAUUCAUCGGGAACCUCCUGCAGCUGAAGGUGCAGGACCUGGUUGGAAACUUCCGAGAGAUGAGCAAAAAAUAUGGGCCGAUCUUCACUGUGUAUUUUGGCUCAGACCAGGCUGUGGUUCUCUUUGGUUAUGACUUGGUGAAGAAGGUCCUCGUUGAUCGUGGAGAUGAGUUUCUCGACCGAGGCAGCAUGCCGUCAGCAGAUAAGACCAACAGAGGACUAGGGAUCAUCAUGUCCAAUGGCGAGCGCUGGCUCCAGCUCCGCCGCUUCUCCCUCACCACCAUGAGGAACUUUGGGAUGGGGAAGAAGAACAUUGAGGAGAGGAUCCAGGAAGAGGCAGAGUACCUGAUGAAGGAGCUCAGGGCCAAAAACGGCCAGCCCUUCAACCCAGCCGUCCUGUUCAGCUGCGCAACGGGCAACGUGGUCAGCCACAUCCUCCUCGGAGAACGGUUCGAUUACAAUGACCCGGAGUACCGCCGAAUUCUCAGCUUACUGGUCGAAAGCUUCCGGUUGGAGAGUUCCACUGCAGGGCAGCUCUACAACAUCUUCCCCAGGAUCCUAGACUACUUGCCUGGUCCUCAUCAAACUUUCUUUAAAAACCUCGGGGACAUCCAGGUCUUCAUAGCCCAGAAGGUGAAAGAUCACGAGAGAAGUCUGGAUCCCAAUGCUCCCCGGGACUUCAUAGACUCCUUCCUCCUCAAAAUGGAACAGGAGCAGCAGAACCCCAAGACUGAAUUCACUAGAGAGAACUUGAACAUGGCAGCUUAUGACAUAUUCAUCGCUGGGACAGAAACAACAAGCACCACCCUCAGAUAUAUCCUCAUGACCCUGCUUGAGCACCCAGCCGUGCAAGAAAAGAUCCAAAAGGAAAUAGACCAAGUGAUAGGACAGGAGAGGCCACCUGCCAUGAAGGAUCGCCUUGAGAUGCCUUACACAGAAGCCGUCCUCCACGAAGCCCAGCGAUUCUUGGAUCUUGUCCCCUUAGGGUUCACCCGUGUGGCGAAACAUGACACCGAAAUCGAAGGCUAUUUCAUCCCCAAGGGUUCCUCCGUCUUCCCCAUCCUGAGUUCUGCACUGCACGACCCCAAACAAUACGACAACCCCUUCCAGUUCACCCCAGAACAUUUCCUGGAUGAAAAAGGGAAUUUCAAGAAGAACGGAGCCGACAUUCCCUUUUCCACAGGGAAGAGAAUCUGUCUGGGUGAAGGAUUGGCCCGGAUGCAGCUCUUCCUGUAUCUCGCCACUAUUCUGCAACGUUUUCAUCUCAGGCACCCUCCGGGAGUCACCAAAAUUGACCUCACCCCAGAGGUCAGUGGAUUUGGGAACAUCCCGCGCCAAGUCUCCAUCUGUUUUACUCCACGCUAAGCGGCACCCUCCACUCUGGUGGUCCUCUUUGCCUGCUCACAAGGGUUUCCGGCUUCCGUGAGGAUCAAGUAAUUAAUUAAUUGAUUGAUUAACCGUUACUAUAGGAGUGAAAUUGGGUGAGAUGCUUUUAGGGUGCCAUUUUGGGGGAGACGAUCUCACUUUUAUUAUUUAAAUUUGUUUUAUUAAGUUUGCUUGACCACAUUACAUUGUUAUACAGUGGUAACUCAGGUUAAGCAUUUAAUUCAUUCU